UAAAUAGAGAAAAUGGGUUGAGCUAUUUGGUAAAGAUGGUAGUGACGUCAUCGAAGUGUGCAACCGGAGUGAACAAGUUGACCCUCACUGAACUGGUUUGGAACUGUCGCUGGAUGCUGCUGGUUGCUCUCUGUCUCUAUUUGUCAUUUGGAUUCAUCUUUUCAUUCAUUCUGCUACCGUGUUAUAUUGUCUUGUUCAUUGCUGGGUUUCUCUGGCCUUUCAUGACAAACAAAGACCCAAAGUUGGAGCUUGUAAGUGACAGGGCAUCAAGCGAGUGCUAUGACUACACUGAGUACCAGAAGUACAUCAGCACAUCCAGUGGGCGUCACAGACGUGCAUCUUCGAACGACACCAAUGCCGACAGAAAUUUAUGGAGAAGUGCUGUUAAGAAUGCAGACAAACAGAAGAUAGAGACUGGCUACGAGAAACUGGAUUCAGAACUCAACGAGGUUUUGGAACUGGUGCUUCGGGACUACGUGCACUCUUGGUACGACAAACUUCUGCCUCAAUUCCUCGCCAACUUCAAUAGCGAACACGAGGAACUGUUUCCCAACGCUGUUCGAAGUGUAGUCAAUCACGUAUGCGUAGGCGUCGCUUCGAGACUGAAAGUGGUGGACAAGAUGAACCCUCUUGUUAAUUUCUUCACGUCGCAAGUGGUUGAACAGAUAAAAAAUCAUGUGGGGUUGUACAGACAAGCAGACCAGAGGGUUCCAAGACCCGUGAGAGCGCCUGUUGACAAACAAGCGCAGGAGAUUCGUAACAACGAAGUGCGAGCAUUGUUUUUCGAUUUGGAGGCUCAAGUAUCUGCUCGAGAACACAGUAUCGGACGUAGAUGCAGAGACUUCAUUGCACAAGAUGAUCGAGCCUUUUCUGACUAUCUGAGAUCGAUAACGGAUUCGAUUCUUCUGGCUACUCUGCCUCCGGAUGAGUUCAAGUGCAGGCCAGUGCGCCAUGCGAUCAGAGAGAUACUUGUCACUCAAGUGCUCAAACCCACCUUCGACUCCAUCUGCAGUGCAGACUACAUGAACACUUGUCUCAUCAGGUAUACGCCUGUUGAAAAUGGAGUGCCGCCCCAGGUGGGUGUGUCGAGUGAAUCCUUCUGCGAGAUGGUGAGACACUGCUACAGCGUGGAGGAACUGGACGCCAUUGUCGCUUUCGCACAGGACGAGAGAACCAGACUACAAACUAUGGACAACUCUGGGGACAAUAUUGGACUGAAGAAACAGCUGACAGCCAUUAAUUAUCUCAUUUCGGAGUGCAACCAGAGAAUAGACCAGCUGCUCAGACCUUUGAAGAAUUCUCAGUCACCGUCUCCCUCGUCCUCGAAGCUACCCUCAAUGUUCUCUUCUUUCUCGGGAUUGCAAUCUAGUUUCCCUUCUAUAGAAGAGGAUGAAAUUUACAAUGAAGCCUACGGGAGUGGAGAGUCUUCUAGGAGAAACUCGAACUCAAUACGAAAACAGAGAUCAAGUAGUUCAAUGGCUGCGUCUUCGAAUAGUCUGAGUUUGAAGCAGAUCUUGGACUCGUUCCAUGACGAGUAUUUAAGCUACUUGGAGAAAUGCAAUGCUUCGAGAUUUCUACUGUUCUUUGAUUACGCUCAGGCGUAUCGGACGACAGUUGACGAAGUGAACUCUUACAGGGACGAGAGGAUGAUGGCAGCCACUUUCUCUCCCACCUCUACUGAGUCCAAAAAAGUGGUGCAGAGUCACCUCGAUAAAAUGAGAGACCUGGCCGAGUUCCUGCUGGAUGCAUAUGUCAAGCUAGGCGAAGAGAAGAAGAAUUCGAUUGCAUACAACUUCAAAGUAGACGCUUCUGCGGUGAAAGAGUUGCGACAGAAGAUCCAGAGUCGCUCAUUGGAGCCUGCCUACGACUGGUUCGACAGGAUGUCAGAACAGACCUAUAACUUCAUGCUCACUCACAAGAUGCUUUAUCCCUCCUUUGUCAAGAGCAGACACUACAAGCAGAUGUUCCAGGUUGGAUCUCAUAUGCCGAGAGGUACAUCGGCUUCCUUAUCAGAUGAGUACUCUUUGAGUUCAUCCCUAGAAGACACACAGAAGAUGUCCGACAUCAAAGAGGACGAUGAGGAAAUAUUGACCUCUAUUUCCACCUUGAGAAACGAAGAGGAAGUGUUCGACAGCCCAGCAGCACAUGAGGGACCGAGUGCAUGUGGAGUGUGGGCCGAAAUAGUAGACUAUCAAAUAAGAGACGAAGGCAAGCGACAUGCAGUAUACGAAAUAGCAGUUCAUACUUCACUUCAAGCCAGGCCGACCCACUCCAGGAAAUCACCAGAAGAAGAAUUCUACAAGAUCUACAGACGGUACAGUGACUUCGCCAAGUUGUACGAGGAGUUGAAAAAGAAGUACAGCUCAGUGGAAGGAAUUAAGUUUCCGUCAAAGGGAAUGCCGAGUAAUAUAAGCGAGCGACUGUUGAUUAAGAGGAAGGACCUGCUGGGGAGUUUUCUCCAGGAAAUCCUGAGUCCCGAGAUAAUAUCCACGAAUCCAGGAAUGCUUCAGAUUAUUCACAGUUUUCUCAGCCCCAAUUUCGUUGCAGAGAAACUUUCCAAGGAUUUGCGAUCCAACAGUAGAACAGAAGGUAGGAAAGAAUCGACAUCCUCAAUGAGGCCUUCUCUGAUGUCAUAUUCCUCCACUUCUGUCGCCUCAAACAGAUCAGCCAAUGAGGAUAUGACGUCAUUAGAUGAGAACGUGGACAUAGGCAUGGGAAACACGGGGAUCGUGAGACCCUCUUACAGACCACAGCGGUUGUCCACCAGCGCUUUUGGAUCCAUUGUUGGCAUCGCUUCGUCGACCGAUCAGGACCUGGCACCCGAGACUCUGAAGAGACUGAUCGACCUCUUCUUCGAGAUCUUCGACGUCAAAGCGGGCAGUGGAGGGGAUUGGAAUGUGGUGCGAGACCAGUUGGCCCAUGCUAUAUCCAGAAUGUUAAGAGCUACUUUUGGGGAUAGAAUCAACAGAAAAAUAGUGAAGCUAGUGAGCAGUUACAUGACUGAGGAUGCGAUCUGUGGCUACAUCAGUAACAUUAGGGAGACAUUCUGGCCCCAGGGACACCCUACUUCUCCGGGGGAACCCAAGUCCAUCCAGGACAGGUAUCGCACCAAGUUCCUCGCCAAGGUCAAACUCUAUGGAAGCAUAUCAAGCGAGAUUAAGUCUCUACCCUUCCUUACUCAAGAUGUCACCAGGCGUGGAAUAUUUCGACUGAUCAAACUCUGUCAGGACGAACAACUGAACAGACGACUGGCCGUUACCAUAUUUGAAGAGCUUUUAAUCGUCAUUUUCCCUGACCUGAAGUUCGUCGACAUCCUAGAUAGAGUGUAUCUAAGAUCUACGAGAGUUAGAUCUUUCAUGCCUCAAAACUAAAAUAGAACUGUAAAACUUUGACUAUGAUUUUUUUUCCAAAUUAGAGUAAUUGUGUUAUUUCUAUUUUGAUUUCUGUAACCAAACAUAUCUCACGGUAGUGAUAUAGUUUAAAAAAUUAAAUUUGGAUGAAUAUAUUGAUAAGAACUUUUUUUCCGAAAAUUUGUAAUUGGCCUGAUGUAUCAGCUCGUGAUCAUCGAGUCACGUUGGGUAGUUCAGUAGAUAUUUAUGCCAUAUGUCACAACCAGUGUUUCUGAUAAAAAAGAAAGAAAAGUUAAAUUCAGCAAACCAGAGGCAGAUUUAAAUAAGCGUUAAUUAAUGCAGUGAUUUUUCGCUUAUUUGUCGAAUGCCUCUUCGUUUGGCUAAAAGUGUUAAAGUAUGCG